UCCCUCUUCAUUCCUCACUUUAUUUUUACCCACUUCAGUUCACUUCUGUUUCCGUUUUCUUUUUCGUUUCUGGAUCAUGUCACAAUCGCCAUCGCCAUCGCCAUUUUCUUAAGGUAACUUUUACUGUUUUCAGUCUUGGGGGCUCCAUCUGUUUGUUGAAAUACCUCAAACAAAAUUCAAAAUGAAGGAUUUUCCUACUUGUUUUGGUGAGAAUGGAGUUCAAGUUGCAGAUUCUUCUUCGUCGUCGUCGAGUCCGGCGAGGAAUGCGCAGAAUAAUAUGGUUACUUGUGUUUAUCAAUGCCGGAUACGGGGGAGGUCGUGUCCGGUUACGGUUAAUUGGAGUAAGAAUUUGGUGGGUCAUGUUCUGACGGUUGGGAUCCAUGAUUGUGUUUGUAAGGUGGAUGUGAAACCGUGGGUUUUUUCGAAGAAGAAAGGUUGCAAGAGUCUUGAGGCUUUUUCGGCUAAAAUUGAUGUCUUUUGGGAUCUUUCUUCGGCUAAAUUUGGUUCGGGGCCUCAACCGUUAGAAGGGUUUUAUGUUGGGGUUGUUGUGGAUCGGCAGAUGGUUCUUCUUCUUGGGAAUUUGAGGAAAGAAGCUUUCAAGAAAACGAAUGCUGUUCCGUUCCCGUGUGGUUCUAGUGGAGCUAUUUUAGUAGCCAAGAAAGAGAAUGUUUUUGGUAAGAAGAUGUAUGGUACCAAGACUGUGUUUCGUGAUAACGGCCAAACUCAUGAUCUUGUGAUUGAAUGUGAUACCACAAGUGGUGUUAGUGAUCCGUCGCUUAUAAUUCGCAUAGACAGCAAAAUUGUGAUGCAAGUGAAUCGGUUGAGGUGGAAGUUUAGGGGGAAUCAUAUAAUCCUUGUUGAUGGCCUUGCGGUGGAAGUUUUUUGGGAUGUUCAUAAUUGGCUCUUUGGUACGUCUCUUGCAGAUGCUGUUUUUAUGUUCAGGACGUGUCUCCCGGCGGAUAAGUUGUGGACUAGACAACCCCUUUCUUCUGAUGAUGCUGGUCUGCUUCAGUGGUCUUUCUCUGAGAGGUUUUCUGAAACCAAAUUCCCGGGUCUUGGUUUUUCACUUAUUUUGUAUGCAUGGAAGAACGUGUAGAGAUGCAGAAAUCCAUCAUAUAUUUAUUAAUACUAACAGUUAUUUACUUAUCGAUCAUGUCACUGAAAUACAGUUGACUGAAAAAGAGUUCUUUAGUUUUGUUUCUUUCACCCCCUGUUAAAUUCACCUCUCUGGUUUAGCUGAGAUGUUUGAACAGAUCAGGGGCUUUUGUUUUGGCAAUACAAAUGGCUGUAUAUUUGCCUUGAGGUGUUAAUUUUAUGAUCCAUUUUGUUUCAA